GAGUCAGACACUCACUUUGGGGGUCGGGUGGGGAGAGGAGGGGCAUUAGGAGCCAAGCCCGGCGAUCUGCGUCUCUGAUCGCACUCCCAAGAAGCUGUCUCACGAACCAGAGGGGGCGUCUCUUCCCAAGGGGCUGAGGCUCUUGCUUCUCCAUUAAUGCGCGAAGGAGAAGAGGCCAAUGACGCGCAGGGCAGGAUCCGUUGGGCUCAGGGCGCUCGGGAGAAACGAGGCGGCCCUGGCCGCCAGGGCCCGCGCAGAGCCGGCCACCCUGGCUCUCAGACCCGUGUUCAACUAGUUCGCCGCGCUCGGGCUCACCGUCAUCAGUUCUUACAUUCACCUGGACGGGCAGGACCGGACACACUCAGCCCUCAGCCCGGCCCCGGCCUCGGAAGCCGAGUGGGGAAGCCGCGGCGUGGCGACAAACACACCUGGAGGCCAGCUCCCGGCGGGAUCCUUUGCCAUGGCACCGCCCCCGCCACUUCCGCCACGAAACCAGAGGUCCCUCCCCGACGCCGGAAGUCCCGCGGCCCUGCUUCCGCGCCGACCUCCCCCAACCCGGCGCGGAGAAAAGGCUCUGCUUCCGGCCCCGGGUGGGCGCCGGCUGGGCUCGCGGUGCGCGGCGGAUCGCAGUCCCGGGAGCGUCUUUCCCCUGUACGUUGGCGCGGGAAGCUCGGGCCGCGGCCGCGUCAGAAGAGUGCCGGUCCGGGCGCGAGACUCGUGCGGGGCCAUGAACGGGACCGUGAACCCGCUGCUGGAUCGCGAGGAGCACUGCUUGCGGCUCGGAGAGAGCUUCGAGAAGCGGCCGCGGGCCUCUUUCCACACCAUUCGCUAUGACUUUAAGCCAGCAUCUAUAGAUACUUCUUGUGAAGGAGAGCUUCAGGUUGGCAAAGGAGAUGAAGUCACAAUUACAUUACCACAUAUCCCUGGAUCUACACCACCAAUGACUGUGUUCAAGGGGAACAAACGGCCUUAUCAGAAAGACUGCGUGCUUAUCAUUAAUCAUGACACUGGUGAAUAUGUGCUGGAGAAACUCAGUAGCAGCAUUCAGGUCAAGAAAACAAGAGCCGAGGGGAGCAGUAAAAUCCAAGCUCGCAUGGAACAGCAGCCCACUCGUCCCCCACAGCCACCACAGCCACCACCACCUCCACCACCUAUGCCAUUCAGAGCUCCGACAAAACCUCCAGUAGGACCCAAAACUUCGCCCUUGAAAGAUAACCCCUCACCUGAACCCCAGCUGGAUGACAUCAAAAGAGAGCUGAGGGCCGAAGUUGACAUUAUUGAACAGAUGAGCAGCAGCAGCGGGAGCAGUUCCUCCGACUCGGAGAGCUCGUCAGGAAGUGAUGACGACAGCUCCAGCAGUGGGGGUGAGGACAAUGGCCCGGCGUCCCCCCUGCAGCCUGCACACCAGCAGCCCUACAAUAUCAGGCCGGCUGUCGCCAAUGGAACCAGCCGGCCACAAGGCAGCAGCCAGCUCAUGAACACACUCAGAAAUGACUUGCAGUUGAGUGAGUCUGGCAGUGACAGUGAUGACUAGACGCGGCUCUUUCGAAAUCAGCUUCUCGUGCACAGAUGUGCUGCUGGACCCGGCUGCGCUCGCACAGAGCCCCGUGCUGAGAGGGACACACUGUGGAUCAGUGACUGUGUAGGAGUUUGAGGCUCUGGAGGUCUCAGAUAUUCAAGUCUUUAACUUAGUGGUGGUGGGUGAUUUUCUCGUAUAAUUUCCGAACAAUCUCCUGUUGCAAAGUAGAACUGUGAUAGAACUAACAGAAUUAUAUUUCUAUUUGAUUAACACUGUUCAUGGACAACAGAUCAAUGUGCCCUGGUCUAGGUUACUCAAAGGCCUUUAUCUCUACCAGGCCAGUGAUUCCAUUUUAAACCUCAGCAGCCACCUGUUUGGCCAGGUGGUUUGCACCAGUGAAAUGAAACCUGGUCUUUGAGGGGUAGGAGAGGGAGGGAAACCUCAAACUGCAGCAUUGAAAUAUGUUAAAACCACUUUACACUGCUGAGACAAAGUGGUAAGGAAGUUUUGUUGGACCCAACCUGAUAAGCUGUGUAGAAACAGACUUCAAGAGAGAGUCCUAGAGCAUCUGCCAGGCAGGACCCUGGAGCUCUGCUAGUUCAACCCCCUCAUUUACAAAUAAGGAAAGAGAAGCCCACAGUUGGCUACGGCUGGUCUCGUGCCCCCACUCCAGACUUUCCCUGCUGCUCCCUCCCUUGAAUCUCACUUAUUGGAACUGGAGAUUAUUAUACUUGACACUGAUAGCUGUACAUUGGAGCUUUUAUUGGAUUCCAAAAGACAAAACUGUUGGGUACGUCUAACUCAGAUUCUGAUCCAGAAAGUCUCUAACUCCAUGAGGCUAGGUGAGCAGGUUAAACCAUCAGCCACCAUGCUGACACUCAAGGUACAGUCAGAUGGGGGCUCUUAGUUCCACGUAGACCCAUACUAAGGGUUCUUUAUUCAGUGCAUUCUAGUAGGGGGAGGUAGGAGUGGAAGAGAGGUGUACUGAAGGAACCUUUCCAAACAAAAGAACCAGCAGCAGGUUUUCAAAAACCAGAAUCUAGAUAGGAAGCAGUUCUGCAAUAUGAAAUGAGCACAUUCUUUGAGAAGACAUUUCUGUUCAUGCUUUUCUACCACUGUUUGUGCCUGACUCCCCAACCGAUCUGUAUUUUUGAUAUAAGAAAGUCACAAGAUUGCCUUUUUGCCAUGUGUGGUUUCCACGUGAAUCUUACAGGAAACUGGUCACUAGUAAAUGUUCCGUAUUGAGUGAAUGUGUGAUAAAUUGUCCUGUGAUUAGUAUGGAAUAGCCCAUUUCUGUAAUUGGAAUGAAUACAAUUUGAAGGUCCUGAGAAAUUUCUAUUUACUUUGGUUCAGUGGGUAUCAAGAACAUUAAAAAUGAUUUUCCUUCCUUGGGUUCCUCCACUCAAAGAUGGCCUCUGCUUCCUCUGUUAGUGGAUGGAAGCAGUCUGGACCUGGGAAGGAAGUAGAUGAUUCACAGUGGGGGCUCUAGGGAGAGUUGCACCUUAUAGAGUCACCUGUUGGAUGGACACAGUGCCUCCGGGUGAGCUGGAGAUGUGGGCCUGGCACCGUCAUCCAGCGGCACACUCACACCACACCACCCAGUACAGAUAAUAGGGUAACACAGUAGUACUCUAUGGUGGGUUCUUAAUGCAUCAUGAUGUUUCUGUGGGUUUAAGGGCAGGUAGGAAUUUAUUUAUAAUGAAUUGAUAAUUGUUUUAUAAUUCCUUGGUAAUGACAGCUCAGGGAAGGUGAGAGUCAUGACUGGGAGACUUAUUACUGGAUAUGGGAAUUGGUUCAGAGAUCUUAACUUGCUCAACUUGGGGCAGGUUCCAGGAACUUGAACUAAAAAUAUCUAUUUAAACCCCUCUCUCUCUUUUUUUUCUCCCAACGUCUUGAUUUAUACAGACAGAAUUGUGGUUUUUGGUAUGUUGGGUCAAGAUGUUUGUUUCUAUAGGAAAUGCUUGCAUAUGGCACUGGAUUUGGUGAUUUGAGCUCUCUAGGCUUCAGACCCUUUCCUCUGUCACCCAUCCUGUCUCACACUGCAUGGUUCUCCUCUAGCCUGUUUCCAUUUUGUUCUCUGCACAAAGCCCUCUUUGGUUCCCUCACUCGGCCCUCUAUCUUCACCCACCAGAACAAGAACAAGAACAAGGAAUCUUUUCUUUUCAGAAAUCAAGAAUUUGGCCUCAGAGACUACUUCUCAUGAGUAACCUCAUGCCAGCCUCACUGGACUUGGUCUUUGUGCCUCUGUGCCUUUUCAGUGUCUCCCUUCCCUCUCCCCCGCCAAGCCCCAGUGCUGACACUCUGGAGACGCCAUCCUCGUGGACUCUUCCUCUGUUCGUUUCUGCCCACUGGAGUGCUGUGUGGACAUACUGACCUUCCUCUUACCUGAGCUCUGGUUGCUGUGCACUCCUUAAAAGCAGGGACUGUCCUUCUCAUCUCUGUUCCUUGGGGUGUCCACAGGAAUAGAUAUUCAGAUGCUUAUAGCCUGGUGGGGAGGAGGGAGAGAAAACCAACCAGUGGAGUACAGAAGGUAGACAUAGAGAAAACAUUCCAAUUCCAAUUUGGAGACAGCUGGAAACGAUCCAUGCUGAUUUUCCUGGUUUUGAAGUCUCUAACGGAAUUGUUCAAAUUGCUUUUUCUUUGUCCUGUACACCUUCUACCAUACCGUGGGUCUUUAGGCAAGGUAUAAAGACUUAAAUCCGAGGUACCCAAGGAGCCAUGGCAAACCACAGUAAAGAUGCGAUUUGGAGAAAUGUAAUACAAACGAGAUGUGUGAUGAUGCCACUCAUUAACUAAUUUAUUUCUAGAGCAGAAUCAUUGUUUUCUGUGUGUGGUAUUAAUAUUUGUGUGCUUCAGUGGUGGGAAAACUUGAAAAUUCCAAAAUCCUUGCUAUCUUUAUUGAGAGGCUGGUUAAAUAGGGUAUGUAUGGGGGGGUGUGUAUAUGUGUGUGUGAGAGAGAUGUAUUUAUUACAUUAUUUUGAAAGAUAAUAGUCUGUUCUGUGGAUGUAUAUUAUUAGGUACAGCCAAGUUGGAAGUUUCCAUUUGGCAAGGAAGGUAGGAUUUCUGAAACUCAGGCCUUAACCAGUAGGUUGGAAGACAAGACCAAAUGAAGCGUUAUGAAAUGUGUUUCUGUUGCUUCUGUCCUCUCUGUCUUGGGUUUGUUGGCUUACUCUUUAAUGAUUUUUAAAAAUCUCGUGCCUAAAAGUUUAUUUUGCAUAAUUAUGAAGUAGAUGUGCAUGUUUACAUUUAUGUAAAAUAUUUGCUGUGUAAAGUUUUUUGUUGUUGUUGUUGUUUAUUCUCUUAAAGAUCACUAUAUUUAAGUAAAAAAAAAGUCAGCAAUACA